CACUUAGUUAUCACCGGUCGUCAGGCAGUCAUGAGAGCUUCGCUUAGACCUUCUGGUCCUUUUCGAUGGGGCCAUACACCUCGGACAAGGUCCAUGGCUGUGCAGAUCCGGUCCUUUGCUGAUGUGGCGGAUGCGACCAGACUGUAUGAUGUCGUUGUUAUCGGCGGAGGCCACGCUGGCACCGAAGCCAGUGCGGCCGCUGCGCGAUCUGGCGCCCGAACAGCGCUCGUCACCCCCUCACUAUCCAACCUGGGCGUAUGCUCCUGCAAUCCGAGUCUUGGUGGCAUCGGUAAAGGGACCAUGUUGCGAGAGAUUGACGCCUUAGACGGCGUGGCUGGGCGAGUAGUGGACAAAGCCGGGAUACAAUUUCGCAUCCUGAACAAAAGGAAAGGCCCCGCGGUUUGGGGUCCUCGAGCGCAAAUUGACCGGGACCUCUACAAGCGAUAUAUGCGCGAAGAGAUGUUGUCAACGCCAAAUUUAAGUGUGCUCGAAGGAAAGGUCGCGGAUAUCAUUGUCUCUCAGGACGAGCUGGAUCCAAAGGAUGCCAUCUCCAAAGGACGCAUCACCGGCGUGCGUUUAGAAGAUGGCCAAGUCAUUCCCGCAUCACAUGUGGUCAUCACCACUGGGACAUUCCUCGGAGGAGAAAUUCACAUCGGUCUGGAGGCCUACCCUUCCGGAAGGAUGGGGGAGGCUGCCACGUUUGGAUUGAGCAAAUCGCUACGGAGUGCGGGUUUCACUCUAGGACGGCUUAAAACAGGAACUCCACCACGAUUGGAUCGAGACACCAUUGAUUUCAAUGCAUUGGAGGUACAGCCUGGUGAUUCCCCCCCUGUACCAUUUUCUUAUCUCAGCAAGACUGUCCAAAUAGGCGAUGAAGGCCAAUUGAGCUGCUGGACAACCUACACGAACGAAGCGUCACACGACAUCAUCCGCGCCAAUCUUGACAAAUCUAUACACAUCCGAGAGACGGUCAAAGGACCCCGGUAUUGUCCUUCUCUUGAAUCGAAGAUCAUUCGCUUCGGCCAUAAGCCCAGGCACAUGAUCUGGCUAGAACCGGAAGGCUUGGAGCCAAACAAGAUAAUCUAUCCCAACGGUAUUAGCAUGACUGUACCAGCUGAUGCACAGUAUGCUAUGUUGAGGACUAUUCAGGGCUUAGAAAGUGUCAAAAUGCUUCAGCCCGGAUACGGUGUGGAGUAUGACUACAUUGAUCCCAGGAAUCUCUUCCCGACACUCGAAACGAAAUUGAUCAAGGGCUUAUUCCUCGCUGGACAAAUCAAUGGCACUACAGGGUAUGAGGAGGCGGCGGCGCAAGGUAUCAUCGCAGGAAUCAACGCCGGUCGCGCAUCUCAGGGCAAGAGCUCGUUCACAUUGUCACGGUCCGAGGCAUUCAUCGGCAUCCUCAUCGAUGAUUUGAUCACCAAAGGAGUCAGCGAACCGUAUCGUAUGUUCACUGCCAGAAGUGAAUAUAGGAUGAGUUGUCGCUCAGACAACGCAGACCUUCGAUUGACGGAGAAGGGACGAGAGGCAGGAGUUGUCAGCGACAAACGUUGGACACAUUUCAGCAGUCUCCGAGACCAGAUGGCUGAGCUGCAGAAGGGACUUGAAGGAGCUCUAUAUUCAAGCCAGCAAUGGCAGAAACUCGGUAUCCAGUCACGCACUGAUUCGACCAAGAAGAGCGCGUUCGAUUUGCUCCGCUCCCCAGGCGUCACCAUUGACCUGCUGUCUAGUCGCAUCGAUAGCCUCACGUCGGCCACCAAUUAUGAAGACGAUGUCAAGACGCGAGUACACCUUGAAAGCAUCUACGCACCAUACAUCGGUUACCAGCAACGGGCAGCCGUAGCAUUUGAACGAGAUGAGUCGUUGGAGCUGCCCCUGGACAUCGAUUACGACCAAAUUCAUGGUCUUAGUAUGGGCGAACGAGAGGUGCUUAAGCUUGUCAGGCCUUCGAGUGUCGGAAUGGCGCGAAGGACCGAAGGUGUUACUCCCGCUGGAGCGCUGCGAUUGCUGAAGCAUGCGAGAAGAGCAGGUUCUUCGCGCCCGAGUCUAUCCAAAUCUCCUUCUCCUGUCGGUGAGGAAUUGCUCAUAACAGAAAGAGCCGAGGCAGAAGGUGCUAUUGGUGCUGUGUGACAAUUUACGAAUUGAUCGAUGUACAAUAGUUUUGGGCAGAAAAAUACGCCCUGAGAAUUGAUGAUGCAUAGCGUAUGGCGUUGAAUAGGUCGAUGUCAACCAAUUUUGUCCCAACAAGAUAUCCCUCAUUAUGUACGAAGAAUCAGAAAACAUUCUCAAGCGACA